CACAAUUUUAUAGACAAAUGAUACUAUUGAUAGUCGUGCGGGAGUUGUGGGGGUGCGAGAUGCUUUCUUCUUCCUCGGCGGGGCAUGACAGAAAAUAAUUGAGAAGCACUACACUAGUACAAUGUAUCCUUUCCCAACAGUACCACAACAACCAGCGGAUGAGGUAGAGGUCCGUCUGGUGGAUGGUGGAAACACCGCCUGCUUCGGCACAGUGGAAGUCUUCCUACGCGGACAGUGGGGAACGAUGUGCGACCACUUCUGGGACCUGAAGCGUGCACAAGUGGUGUGCAGACAGUUGGGCUGCGGCAGGGCCCUGGCGACUACGUGGUAUGCUCGCUUUGGAAAGGGCCCAGCGACCAUGAGGCUGGAUGAAUUCCAAUGCACCGGAAGUGAAGCAAAGCUGGGAGAGUGCAAUCACAAAGAGAUUGGGGAUUUCAACUGUGUUCACGAUGAGUCUGUCGGUGUUGUUUGUGAAGAUGACCGAGCUUCACUCGGACCCUCGCACCUUAUUUGUGGUUUUGACAAAAUCAAAGCGGGCCUGAAUUCGCUUCGGGUAGAAAAGGCUGGUUACAACCCACGUUCUGGCAACCUGGCAGAUCGCAGCUGUUCCCGGGUCAGGGAGCAGAGUGGCAUUGUGUGGUACGAGGCCGACACUCGGGCAGGUGCCUGUGGAAACAUGCUGACGGUAAAAACAAAUCAAAACAACAAACAAGACACUUUAACACAUCUAUCUGGUGGGUCUCUUGUUGUGCUGUCUAAAAUAUUUCUUUUUUUAGAGGGUAGUAAUCCUUGUUUUUGGGGAGAGUGUGGGGGUGGGGGGGUGUUUUUCUUGAUCGCUAUCACCAAUAUCAAAGCUGUGAUUGAAUGAA